UGCUCCACCCAGAAACACUCCUCCGCAUCGGGAAGCUCGAACGGCCCUCAACAUACCUACCAACCGACCUACCUACCUACCUACCGAUAACCAGUCUUUCGCUUUUCCUUCUUUUCCCUUUGUCUUGUGAGACUUUUUUUCAUCAACACACCGUCACCAUGUCGCAAAGUCAUGCUCUUUCCGAUGACCAGGUUGCGGGCGAGCUCCGCAAGAUGACGGCCUUCAUCCGCCAGGAAGCGGUGGAGAAGGCCCGCGAGAUCCAACUGAAGGCCGACGAGGAGUUCGCCAUCGAGAAGUCCAAGCUGGUCCGCCAGGAGACCGCCGCCAUCGACACCCAGUAUGAGAAGAAGUUCAAGCAAGCCGCCAUGUCCCAACAGAUCACCCGCUCCACCCUCGCCAACCGCACUCGCCUGCGUGUCCUCUCCGCCCGCCAGGAGCUCCUCGACGAGCUGUUCCAGCAGGCCCGCGAGCAGAUCUCCGGGAUCGCGGCCAAGGAUGCCGACAAGUACCAGACCGUGCUGAAGGGGCUGAUCCUUGAGGGGCUAUAUGCGUUGAACGAGGAUAAGAUCGGCGUGCGGGCGCGCAAGCAGGACUUUGACACUGUCAAGAAGGCGAUCGAGGAGGCCGAGAAGGAGUUCCACGAGACGGUCGGCAAGGAGGUCACCGUGGAGCUGGACGAGGAGGAGACUUUGCCGGAGGGAUCUGCAGGUGGUGUCGUGAUCGUGGGCGGUCAGGGCAAGAUCGAAAUCAGCAACACGUUCGAGGAGCGACUGCGUCUGCUGGAGAUUGAUGCUCUCCCCGCCGUUAGAGAGACGCUCUUCGGCAAGAACACCAACCGGAGGUUCUAUGACUAGAGGUGGCUGGGACCGUUUGGUUGAAUUUGCCCCCUUUAGAGACAUUAUCUGACCUUGCUGUACUGCCUCCCCUCCCCCACCC